AUGGCAAAGAGGAAAAAGCAACCUUAUACAUACCAAAGAAUAUCAGAGCUUACUCAUCAAACUACUUCAAACUUUUAUGGAAUAGUAACAAAAUGUUCAGAUCCUAUAAUACCAUCAGCUCAGAAUUCAGAUCAAUCAAUGAGAAUGGAGGUAAUUGAUAGUCCUGAGAAUAAAAUCAAUGUAAAUAUAUUCUUUGAAUCACAUAUCGAUAAAUUACAACCUGGUACAAUCAUUAGAUUCCAUCGUGCAAAGAUAACAAAAACAUAUCAAUCAUUACUUGCAACAGGCAAUCUAGAUAAUGGUAUUGCUAGAUUUACAAUGAUUUGGGUCAAUGAUCAAAAUCAAAAUAAUCAAAAUAAUCAAAAUAAUAAUAAUAAUUAUCAAAAUAAUAAUCAAAAUAAUAAUUUUAUUAAUAAUUUAAAUAAUAGACAACAAAUUAAUAAUGCAAUACCACUUGGAGAUUUAGAAUCAUGUCAAGGUCAAUUUGUUGGUGUUCUGUGCAAGAUCAUUUCAAAGUCGAUAGUGAUUACUAGUAAUCAGAAAAAGGUUCAAUUUUGUGUUUGGGAUGGUACAGGAUUCGGUUAUGAAUUCUUUCACAAUCAAACAGAUGUUCAUUUGGCUCACCGACUCGGUGUACUGAUGAGUGUCGUUGCAUGGGAUCCUCAACUCAUUCCAUCGAUAGACAGUCUCACUGCCAACGGGCCAGAUCAAUGGGCACUGAUGAACAAUGUACUGAUUCAAAGAUACCAAGGUACUCUUGAAAUCAAAAUUACAAAGGUUAGUCGUGUCACUCUACUAGAUCAAAAUAAUGAUAAUGUUAAACGAAUCAUUCAAUUACAUCAUAAUCGUAUUGAUGAAUAUCUUAGAUUAACUCAAAAGACUGAUAAUAAUAAUAAUGACGAACAACAACAAAAUAAUAAUCAAGAUCAAAUGCAAGUAGACUCUACCAAUCCAAAUAGAAUUUUACCAAUCUUUACAAAUACUUCAACUCUUCAUCCAAGUGUUCCAAUUACUUUAAUAUCUGAUAUUUUAAAACAUGAUCAAAAGGUACCAAACAAAUUUAAAAUUAGUUGUAAAUUAAUUCAACAUAUACCAAUGAAUAUAAUGGAAUUUACAAGAUUUAUAUGUCGUGGAUGUGGACAAUGUCCAAAUGAUUUACCACAUUUUACAUUGGCAUCACCUAUUUGUCCUAAAUGUGAAAGUACUGAUAUUGGAUCAAUAUAUAUGUUUAAAUUAAUAGUCAAGGAUGAAUCUGGUGAAUUACCAAUUAUUGUUUAUGAUAAUCAUGCUAAACAAUUUUUUAAUGGAGUUGAAGCAUGUGAUCUUUAUCAACACGUAGAUAAAUUAGGAUUAAUAGAACACAAGAUGGUACAAUUAAAACAAAAAUGUUCACCAGAACUAGGUGAUACCUAUUUUGAUUGUUGUAUCAUGUCCUAUUAUAUGCAAGGUUAUGAAAGAACUCCUGAAAAUAUUAGCUAUCAACUUUUUGAUACAAAAUUAAAUUAA